AUCCUAACAAUAUCAAAGAGAUUAAGAGAGUAACUAAUCGAACAAGUUUUGUUCAUCAUCCAAUUAGAAUGAUUUCAUAACGUUUUGACCCAGAAUUAAACCUUGAGGCUUGAGACAAAGCAAACUUGGGGAAAAAAUAUCUAAAAGUUGCAAUUAGUGAAAACUGAAACACGACAUCUGUAAAACGUUAGCUAUCAUCUUUUGGACUGAAAACCAGAUUACCAUUAGAGGAUUGUGAUUUGUGGCCUGUGGGUGAGGAAGAGAGAUGGAGUUGCAUCAUGGUGCUUUCAUGGAGAAAUUCACACUUCUUCCAUCUUCUUCUGGGCAACUUCCUUUAUCUGGUCUUUCUUUUGCUGUCAAAGAUAUAUUUGAUGUUGAAGGGUUGGUAACUGGAUUUGGGAAUCCGGAUUGGGCAAGAACUCAUCUAAAAGCCAAAUCUACUGCUCCUGUUAUUUUGGCUCUUUUGAAGGCGGGUGCUACUUGUGUUGGUAAAACUAUCAUGGAUGAAAUGGCUUACAGCAUCAAUGGAGAAAACAUACAUUAUGGUACUCCUAGAAACCCAUGUGCAGCUGAUCGAAUUCCUGGAGGAUCUUCUAGUGGAUCUGCAGUUGCCGUUGGGGCAAACAUUGUAGAUUUUUCUUUGGGUACGGAUACUGGAGGAAGUGUGAGAGUCCCAGCAGCAUUUUGUAAAAUUUAUGGAAUUCGGCCUUCUCAUGGGAUUGUCUCUGUUGAUGGUGUUAUUCCUAUGGCACAGAGUUUUGAUACAGUUGGAUGGUUUGCUAGGGAUCCGGCAAUCCUGAAGAGAAUUGGAAAUGUGCUACUCCCACCACUUGAUGCUAAUCUUACAAAUUCUAAGUCAAUAAUUAUUGCUGAGGAUUGCUUCAAGCUUCUAAACAUCCCCAUUGAUAGAGUAAAACAAAUUCUUGUCAAGUCAAUAGAGAAAUCAUUCGGUGGUCAGGUUAUCAAAUAUAGGAACCUUGGGGAAUACAUUGAGAUAAAUGUUCCUAACCUAAAGCAUUUUAUGAGCCAGAGUGGUCAUGCAAAAGAAUACAGCGUACCUUCAUUAAUAGCUCUCUCGAGUGCUAUGCGAAUUCUACAAAGAUAUGAGUUUAAGGUUAACCAUGGGGAAUGGGUUUCUUCCACUAAACCUGAACUGGGACCAGGAUUAAAGGAAAGAAUUUGGGAAGCUGUCUCAUCUAAUGAUGAUAAGGUUGACAUUUGCAAAUCUGUUAUGACUGAGUUUCGAGAUGCACUUACUUCAUUUCUGGGGGAUUCUGAUAUCCUUGCAAUCCCAACUGUUCCUGGUCCACCACCAAAAUUACAGACUGCAACAUCUUCGUUGGAAACUUUUCGCUCUAGAGCUUUUAGCUUACUCUCCAUCGCCGGAGUGUCUGGAUUUUGUCAGGUAAGUAUACCACUAGGUUUGUACGAUGAUCUUCCGGUGUCUGUUUCGUUGUUGGCCAAACAUGGAUCAGAUAUGGUUCUGCUAAAUCUUGUUGAAACCCUUUCUGGAACUCUUGAGGAGCAAAUUGAUGCUGAUCAAGGUUGUGAGUCUAACAAGAUUUGAAAUUUAUCUGUGUUCUUUCGCCAAUGUGCGUCCGACGCAUCUUCAGGUGAACUCUUCGACGUGUAUUCAUCCUGUUUACCCUAUGUAGAGUAAAUAAUUCCGACAAACAGCUAGUUUUUGUGAUAGUUUUUUGUAUCAACUUCUAGCAUAUAUAAAGAAAAGACACUAUAUACAACAUUUCAUUAGCACAAUGUGUCAUUAGUGACUCCUACCUUGGUGAGGUAUGUGAAAGUCAGAUGUAAGCAAUUAACCUUGUUAGUGGAAAGGGUAAUUGAAAUCAAUAGUUUGAUUAAA